GAUCACUUCCUCUCUUUCCCGAAGUGGCCCGCGGGCAGUGAUACGUGAUUAUCUAAUAAUCCCUGAGACCCAGUGGAAUUGUGAGGGGCAGGGCAAAAAUGAAGACCAUAACCUUGACCAUCUUGCUCCUUACUUUAACAUCAAGCCAUGCAAUGGUGAGAGGGCGAGAAUACAUGAAAGAAAAAGUUUGUCAAGAAUUCAACAGUGCAGGGAAAGCAAACUUCCGAUCUGGGGCAAUUAUCGCAAGCAGCAGAAAAUACUCCAAUGCUACAUUUGAGGAAAUCAUCAACAUCGUGCACGAGAUUGUGUCUAUUGCAGAAAAAUGCUGUCCGAAAGAAGCCGAUCCAGAUUGCUAUGAGAAUGAAUCUUUAGCUCUCUCGGCCAAAUCCUGCCAUGACUCUACUCCUUUCCCUAAGCACUCGGGCAUGGAUGCCUGUUGCCUUGAGCAAGGCCUGGAACAAAAGCUAUGUCUGGCAGCCUUGAAACACCCUCCUAAGGAGUUCCCAACCUACGUGGAGCCAUCAAAUACCGAAGUAUGCGAGGCCUUCAUAAAAGAUCCUCAGGGCUUUGCUGACAGGUAUCUCUAUGAAUAUUCCACAGACUUCAGCGAGGCUCCAUUGCCGGUGUUGGUGGCCUCUGCCAAGAGCUACUUAUCCAUGAUUCCAGGAUGCUGUAUUUCUACACAGCCCACACACUGCUUCUUAAAUGCGAGGUUGAACAGGAGUGGUGCUGCAAUGCUCACCCAAGUUUCCCACAAAGCAUGCUCCCUCUAUCAUUUGUUGGGGAAAGAAAGAACCAAGCUCAGCUACAUAAUCAGAUUUGCCCAGAAAAGUAUCAAUGCUUCCUUUGAAGAUGUCGAAUUCCUGGCCGAAGAUGCUUCUGAACUGCUUUCCAAGGCCUGUAAUUCAACAACGGACGACAGCUUUCAGAGAGAGUUGUUUGAGCAUACCACCAAAAUCUGCGAGAAACUGUCCACCAAAGAUGAACGGAUUGAGGAGUGUUGUAAAUGCCCAAACUCAAUGAAGACCUAUUACUGCAUCUAUUCACUUCCCUGGGUCAAAUCGCCCCACCUUCCUGAUUUUCAAAAACCAGCUGAUGAAGUCCUCUGUGGGGAAAAUUCACAGCUAGAGUUUGAACGCUAUUUAUUUGAAGUUGCUCGGAGGUACACACGUGCCCCAGAAGCGCUUUUCACAGCUAUCUACGAUUCUUCCAAAAAUCUAGUGUCUAGCUGUUGCAGUAAGGCCGACUCCAAAGCUUGUUUGGUUGCAAAGAGACUACAAGCAAGGGAACAAAUAUUUAAUUUGCUCAGAAAAGGAAAUGAAUUGUGUGGGGAAUAUACAGACCAUACGUUCCUCGAAUUCAAGAAAAAGUUAAGAGACACCUAUCACAAGACACUGCCUACAGCCACCGAAGAAGUCAUUUCCGGGCUGGUCGAGCAGAGGGCCAGCUUUGCUUCCACUUGCUGCCUUUUGAAUGCUCCUCCAGCAUAUUGUGGACUGAAGGUGAAAGCCGAAGUUGCUCACACAUGUUCCCAUGACAUAUGUUUACUGCACUGAAGAGGGGAAUAUUAUAUACAUGCUUUUAAAAAAAUAC